AAGUGAGUCCCGUUGUAGCUAUAGGUGAAGCUGCCUCUCUCUGCCAUACUGAAGCAGGUGUCCAACAUGGCGAACGCUCGCAGUGGCUCUCUCGCGACUAUUCUCUUUUUAUUCUUGUUUCAAGCGGCUCUUCACAAAGGAGCUGCACAGUACCCAGUGGUGAGUCAGAACCUGGUGACAGACAAUGUGUCCGUGGUGGAGGGAGAGAUGGCGAUCAUCAGCUGUCGGGUGAAGAACAACGACGACUCCGUUAUCCAGCUGCUUAACCCCAACAGGCAGACAAUCUACUUCAGAGACAUGAGGCCACUGAAAGACGCCCGCUUUCAGCUGGUCAACUUCUCAGACAACGAGCUGCGAGUGUCGCUGUCUAAUGUCUCGCUGUCAGACGAGGGUCGAUAUGUUUGCCAGCUCUACACGGACCCCCCGCAGGAAGCCUACGCUGACAUCACCGUGCUAAUUCCUCCAGGUAACCCCAUCAUCGAGGCUCGGGAUGAGGUCCUGAGUGAGGGCAACGAGACAGAGAUGACCUGCACCGCCAUGAGCAGUAAGCCUGCCGCCACCAUCAGAUGGAUGAAGGGAGAUAAGGAGCUUCCAGGCAAGCCCAAAGUUGAGCUGACCUACGACAAGAUGUACACAGUCACCAGCCGCCUGACAUUCACCGUGAGUAAGGAGGAUGAUGGCGUACCUGUGGUUUGCAUCGUAGACCACCCCGCGGUCAAGGACUUCCAAGCACAGAAAUACCUGGAGGUGCAGUACAAACCGGAGGUAAAGAUUGUGGUGGAAUUUCCUCAGGGUCUGACCAGGGAAGGAGAGAACCUGGAACUGACGUGUCAGGCCAAAGGCAAACCCCAGCCACAACGGGUGAAUUGGGUGAAGGUGGACGAUGAUGUGCCAUCCCAUGCCGUCAUCACCGGCGGCGACCUUUACAUUGAAAACCUAAACAAGUCCUACAACGGAACCUACCGCUGCGUGGCGUCCAAUUCAGUGGGGGAGUCUUACGACGACUACAUCCUCUAUGUCUAUGAUGCUCCCACCACCACCCCUAUACCCACCACAGCCACCACCACCACAACCACCAUCACCACCACCAUCUCCUACCCCGAAGCCAAUCAAGACACUGCGCCCAGCACUGAACCCGCAGCUCAUGAUUCUCGAGCUGGAGAAGGAGCGCCCAGAACAGUGGACCAUGCAGUGAUCGGAGGAGUGGUGGCCGUGGUCGUCUUCGCCAUGCUCUGUCUACUCAUCGUCCUGGGGCGCUACUUUGCAAGACACAAAGGUACCUACUUCACACACGAAGCCAAAGGAGCAGACGAUGCAGCGGACGCAGAUACAGCCAUCAUCAACGCAGAGGGUGGCCACACCAACUCGGACGAAAAGAAAGAGUACUACAUCUAAUCAAAACAGGACCCCUCACUCUGGUGUCCUCUUUGGGACACCGCGCUGGUUUUGGGGGCCGGGCAAAGGGGGUAGAGAGGGGAGGGAGGGGGGGAGUUGUUGGAGUUGGUUCAGGAUCACUUUCACUGAGAGUAGAGGGGUGAAAAAGUGGAAGAGGAGUGGGUUUUUAAAAGAAAGGCCUGGUUUUAAGCCGUUGUUUAGUCUAGUCUGCAGAUGUAGAUGGAAUGUUUUGUGUGUAAAAAAAAAACAAAAAAAAUCUAAAUCAAAAAAGGAGAAAAAAUGGGAGGGUUCGGUUUUUCGGUAAACUCAAGAAGGGGGAUGGGUUGGGGGUGGGAGGGUGUGCCAGAAAUCACUGUAGAGAGCUUCACCAUUCGACACCUCCCUAACUGCUGGUACGAAUUUUAUUUAGUUCAACCAUUUGCAGAAAAUUCUGUGCCUUGUUCUGAAUUUAUUUCGUUCUACCCAUACUUUGGAUUUGUGUUGAUCCUCAUUUGCAUAACCUCGUUGCUCCCCUUCUCCCGUUUCAUCUCUCCCACUUGUAAUUAUCAAUGUGCUGUUGGCUUUUGUAUGAGGGUAAAAUUACACAGCCACUUUAUUCAUUUCCCUAAAUGUAUCUGCACACACGCAUCCUCUCAAACAUAACAAAAACUCUUUCCAGUAUACUGUGAUUUUGUCUCAAGCCAUUACUUCCCUCUCUGUUUUCUUCCCCCUGAAGUUUUGACAGCUCCAAAAAUGCAUGGAAUGCUUUACAUAUCAUUGUACAAAGGACAUAAAUGAGAAACAGGUUGGAUAUACUGUAUAUGCCCUGCUCCAAUCAAAUUCAAAACAUAAUCAGAAGGAAGGCAGUAAAGGAUAAUUUUAUUGGGCCAAGUCAGCUUUUAAAUUCAUUUGAAGCAGCCUCAUUUUGUUCUUCAGAGCAGAUGCACUGCUGCAUCUUAAACAAUUACUUUUCUUAGCAAAGAGAAGUAGUACAUUAUUUUUCCUCACUGCGCUGCCAUUUCAUUAUGGUAAUUUCUUCCUCUGUUCAGUAUUAUUUUUCGUUUUAUUUGGCUGAAUGGUAGCCCUGUUUUCCCCAUCGGCUUUUAUUGAGUUGUAAUGAUGAGAUUCAAUUGAUUUCCAUCUGUUCCCGCUCUAGAAUAUAUUUUCUUCCAAAUGGGAAAGUCAGAAAAUGUAAAUUGUUUUUUGUUUUUUUUUUUGAUUUGGCAGACUCUCAGUUAAGAUGCCUCAGUAAUAAAAGGCUGUUGAAAAAAUAUUUGGUAUUAAUAUUAGCCAACCAGCAGCCAAAAGAUGCUGGAGUACUGUACAUAACGUAACUGAAAAGAGAAACAGCCUUAACCAAACUCCAAACUCAAUCAAAUUUGUGUUGCGUUAAGGAAGCUGUACAAAGACAUGAAGAAGGUCGUGGCAAUCCAGGUCCUCCCAUCAGCGGGUUCAUGUUGUUUCAUAGACACACAGUCCAGUGUAAAUCAAGCCAAUGGAAUCACAACCGUAUUGUACACUAAUCCUUACUACGAAAUAUUUUUUACAACUUACUAGAAUUACAAUGGAGUACCUUUGUGGAUUUUACCGUAUCGCGGUCAUUGUGAGUUUUUGUCAAAUUGUAAAACAAGCAAAUCUUUGGGAAAGUAAAUGUCUUCAAACUGUAACGCUCUGAGAGACAGGUCAGUCUUUCCGCCCUCAUCACACCUUCUAAAUAUAUAGCCUAUGUUUUGUUGGUUUUUUUUGCUUUGGUGCAGCAGCUUGAGUGCUUAAACAUUUGAUAUUUUUUGCAUGUGUGUGCGUGCUAAAAAAAAAAAAAAAGAAAAAGAAAAAUCAUUCCUUCCCAUUCCUUCUGCUUCUCUAUCGUUGCUUUAUGUGUCACCUGCCAAAACUGAACGAGGAUCUGUUUUGCUGUGCCAGCUGGGGAGCACUGAGGAAUGCCAAAAGUAAUUAAUUGUUUGUAACAGAAGUUAAUCCACAAGUUGCGCUCCGUGGUGUUAAUCCGUGGUUUGCAUUAACGCCCUGGCCCCUUAACGUGGCAAUGAUGGUCUAUUGAUGGCAUUAUUUGUCAUUAUUAUGUGUUCACACAGCAAGCAUCUCCCUUAAUGAGUCCUUCCUCUACGCUGCAGUUGUGGGUGAGUGAGUGAGGUGAAGGUCUAGGGCGUGUGAAUAGUUCACGGCUUCACGACAUCGCAUCAUUCAGAACAUUUUAUCAACACUUAUCACCAGCCCCGACGGCGGCUGCAACUGUUCCUCAAGUUUUAUUUGUCAAGGCACCUAUUCCUGUGGUUUUUCAAAUUAAAGUUGCACUGAAGUUGAAAAGCAAGAAUCAACCGGACAAACCAAAUUAUAACAAAAAAAAGUGGAAGUUAAUUUCCUGCUGAGGUCGACCGUCCACAUUCCUCUGCAGCGUAAAUCCAAAACCUCCAACAUUCACUUCUUUUUGAUAAGAUAUAAUGUAAUUUAACAUCACAGAUUAAGAUGCAGAAAAUGUAUUUUACAGCAACAACAAUGAGUUUUAUGACCCUAAACAUUUCGUAUAAAAUGUGACAGCCAUUUAGAGUAUAACAGUUGCUACAUAACUGUUUGGAUAAAAUGUUAAUUAGCACGGACGCAUAAGCACCAUGUUUUAACUAAGUCAUGGGAAUAUAGCUAGUGCAAAUAUAUAAAACAUAAGCCAAUGAAUAAAUCCAUCCACAUAUUUGACAACAGCGUAAGGAAACACUCUGCAAAUACAGAAAACACUCGUAUUAAUGUUGGCACCGCUGUAGCAAAGAAGAAUCUCGUAUGUUUCAUCACUGCUCCUUUUAGACGGGUCACCACCCUGGGGAGGAAUUUCACGGCGAUCACGACAGCCAUGGCCGUCGGUGCCCCUCCCUCUGGCAGUGAUGCCCCAGAAACACCCUACAGCCACCACGGCCUUUGUGCCCAUGUCAAUGUCAAAAUCUGGAGUUUUGCGCAAGUUUGGUUUUAAUGCUGCAAUAUCAUAGCUGAUCUCAGAACAGUAGAUGCUGAGUCACGGACAGCUUGGCAAGCUCCAGCCUUUGUCAGCGGGACAUGGUCACACAAGAAUGACAUAAACUAUAGAUAUUGAACUUUACUGUGCAAAAUGAUUUAUAUAAAUAUAGAUACAUCUACUGAAAGUUAUAAGUUUCUCUGAAAUGAAAUAUAUUUGCAUAUGUAUAGAUUCUGGUAAAUUGAUACAUGAUAACAGACUGCAUCUUAAAACAUGUAUUUUUUUUAUUAUUAUUUAUAUUGAAAAGUGAAUAAUUUAUGAUUUUCAUGUCAUUUGUGUUAUUUUCUUGUUUUAUUUAUUUGUCGGCAUCAAAUCACUCAACGGCCUUUGUCCCCUAAAAAUUUUUGUGAUGCUAAAAGCCAAAUGGCCUUGCCCCCUAAAAUGAUGAAAUUCCUGGCCGUGAAUUUCAACAUGUUAUUCCUUGAGAUUAUCAAACAGAGAAUGGAUUGUUUUUUUCUGCUGGCUGCUUGCGGUGGUGUUACAGCGUUCCUGUAUUUGCUUGUGUUUUCUGUGUUUCCAGCACACGUCUUCAUGCCUUGUGUGUGUCGUCCAAUGGGAUUAUGCGUGUUUCCUAUGAAUGCCGUGGUACAGAUCUUUGCUUCAUUUGCUGGUGUUUUGAAUAUUUGCUUGUGUUUCCUGAAGUUGCACUGCACCACACUCUCCUCUCCACUGCAACAGUAACAGAUUUCACAUGAUUUCACGCUGAAAAUGUCACUGAACACCACUUUUACACUCAACCCCUCAUUGGCAAAUUAAUGGAUUCUUUGGACCUUAAUGGAGUUGCUUGCUUUGUGUACACUCACAUCUAAGAUUCAGUACUCUCUUGCCAUGUUAAAGCAUUUGAUUGGAUUUUGUGAAUGUGCAACACAUUCAAUGCGAUAGCUUUAAUAUAUCAUGGUCAUGCAUGAAGACAGCAUUAAGUCUUUCCAUAUAGAGAAUGUGGGUUUACGGUUGUCCAAGGCAUUUGAGGAGGUUCUUGUGACAUGCAUUGUGCAAAUUUUCACUUUCCUGAGCAUAACGCAUCAGCGCAAUUUUAAAUUCAUUCAAUAUAUUUUUUUCUGCAAUUAUGGAAGGCGGGAGGGCUUCGUGGAGCUGUGGACAUAUUUUUAGCUUUUCCAUUGGAUGUGGCAGUUGUAGACGGGAGUUACAGGAGGGAUGUUGAAGACAAAGAUCAAAGAUGCUGUGUCCGACUCUCUCCAACUGUUUUCUUCUUCUGUUAAAACUUGAGAUAAUUUAAAACUUCUGUACUCAGAAAGGAAUUACCACUAAGUUAACACUGUAUGCUGAUGACACUGUUUUGUGUUUGUUACGUGGAUGGGUGGGGGUGGGGGAGGGUACCGAUUAGGUUAGAUGUUUUACGGUCUGGUGUCUGCUAAAACUGUUAACUGACUUGUUAUCGUUGCUUUAUGAAUCACAGAGCAGAUGUCACUUCAUCUGUAAGACUGAGAUUGUGUGAUUUGCAUUUUACAGUGAGCACUAUUUCGCUUCAGUGACAUGUGGCAGCUUCCAUUUAAAUCAGACGUCAAAACAUGUACUUGCCAAUAAAGGAAUAGAAGUGAAUAUUGUCCUCUCCCUUAAGGCUGAUGCAUUAAUAUUUUAUUUGUGAAUAUUAAACCUUUUGUGGGUUGGAACGGCAGGAGUGUUGCUCCAAAUUUCUUUUCCUUACAACAACAUUUUCUGUUCUUCCAAAGUUCCAAUUUAAAAAGUAACAAGAACAAAACAUCAUAAAAAAUACAUUUGAAAAUGUUUAAUUAUUCAAAAAUGGUGAGGAUUCAAUAACAGAAUGAUAUAUGAGGUUAUUGUAUUAUAAUUUAAUUUCUAUUAAACACUUAGUAAAGUGAAAACAAAAAUGGAUUUUGGUCUCACAGUGUAACUGAUGUAAUUUUCUCCACAUUAAAUUCUUUUGAUAAUGUCCCGUCUCAGGUUCAUGCGCUGCGGACUGAUGUGACUGCAUCUCAGGUAGAAUGCAAAGUUAAGGCCCCACCUAUCAGUGACAUAAAAAAACAAGUACAAUACAUCCUCAUCAUAUCAAGUGCAACACAUAACUUUAGAUCCAAGAGGCAAAAUUGGUGAGAUAUUUUGCAUAUAUGUUGUACAUGUUUUCUGUGUUUUUCUUAAUAUUUGGUGCACUGUAAAAGAUGUGUUGAAGUAUUGCUUUGUGUUGACAUAGGUCAUAAAGAGUACACUGUUUAUUGGAAUGAAGCAGGAUCAGAAACUUGUUGUGGCUGUACUACUGUCACUUUCGACACACCACCGCCUUUAGAAAACUCGUUUGAUUCCCAAAAAGUUUUGAUUGUUUCACCAGUCAUUGUUUUUAGAUGAUUCUUUUUGUCUCUCUGCUGUUCUUGGGAAAUGUUAAUGUGUAUUAUUGGAGAAAAGGAGUUCCACAUUCCCAUACAUAUUUUGUAUUGGUUCAUAAAUAGACAUUUUUACAAAACAAUGAAGAGUUCUUGUCUUAAUAAAAAAGAAAAGAUAUUAAUGUCCAAAAUAA